CAUUGUAUUCUCGCAAGAAAGUCCUUGUUGACUGACUCUCAUCACGCUUGAAAGGAAGCAUGGCACUAGUAGGGGCGGUUGGUGCGGCGGCUCCGGUGAAGGUGGUGGCUCUCUGUGGUUCACUUCGUAAAUGCUCAUACAACAGAGGCCUCAUUCGAUCUGCGAUCGAGAUGAGCCAGGGAGACAUUGAAGGUCUCCAGAUUGAGCACGUCGACAUCGCUUCUCUGCCGAUGCUGAAUACAGAUCUUGAAGAAGAAGGGAGGUUUCCGGUGGAAGUUGAAGCGUUUCGUCGGAAGAUUCUGGAAGCCGAUAGUGUUCUCUUCGCUUCUCCGGAGUAUAAUUUUUCUGUCUCUGCACCGAUGAAGAAUGCACUAGACUGGGCAUCAAGACCUCCCAACGUGUGGGGAGGCAAAGCUGCGGCCAUUGUAAGUGCUGGAGGGCUGUUAGGUGGUGGAAGAGGCCAAUUCCAUCUUCGUGACAUUGGAGUGUUUCUUGAUCUUCACUUCCUCAACAAGCCUGAGUUCUUCCUCAAUGCCUUUGAACCUCCUCCUAAGUUCAAUCCUGAUAAUGGUGACUUGCUUGAUGAAGAUGUUAAGCUUAGACUGAAGCAUGUCCUUCUCUCCUUGAAGGCUUUCACCCUCCAACUUCAACCUAAGACCUGAUCAUGAUGAUGAUGAGUAGCUACUUUGAUUUUCAGAAAUUGUUUACAUGUAAUAAUAGAAAGCUGUCUGAUGAUGAUCAGUUGCUGUAUGUUGGUCCUUUCGGAAACCACGUUGGGUUAUCGGGACUGGGAUUUGAAAUUAAAAAAAAAAAAGUGCUAAUGCAUUUUGUGUUUUCUUCUAAGUAAAUAAUUUAUAUAGCUAAAAAUUUAAAAUACAAAGCACUGUACUGUAUUAAAUUUUUAUAAACAUGCUUCUUCUGUCAA